GAGGAAGAAACCAGAGAGACGGCAGAGGAAGUUGCUGUGGCUCUGGGAGCUAAGGUCUCGAAACUCUACCGGUGUCUGAUCGCUGGCCGGAGCCCGAGUCCAUUGGCCACGCUGGCUGCGCAAGGAGCCGAGGACUCGCACGGAGGCAGGAUGCUCCUGGCCGGCGAUUUCGGCAAGGCGCCGGCAACCCGGUGCUGCUCUGAAAAUGGUGACCAAAGGAAGAACAUCAAGGAGAAAAGUGACAUAAAUAUUGCAGCUCUCGUUGGAAACGAACGAGUCUGUGAAGGUACAGAUAAUGGUGAUCUCCCUUCCUAUGUGGCGGAAUUUAUAGAAAAGGAAGUCGGAAAUGACCUUAAAUCUUUAAAGAAACUUGAUAAACUCAUAGAACAGAUGACAGAAAGUAAAAUGCAGUUAGAAGAACAGGUACUUACAGUUUCAUCAGAAAUCCCUAAAAGAAUUCAGAGUGCCUUAAAAAAUGCAGAAGAAUCAAAGCAAUUCCUUAAUCACUUUCUGGAGCAAGAAAGCCAUCUCUUCAGUUCCAUUAACAGCCAUCUGCUGACCGCUCAGCCCUGGAUAGAAGAUCUUGGAGCCAUGAUUAACCAAAUUGAAGAGAUUGAACGGCAUCUUGCUUAUCUUAAAUGGAUUUCACAAAUUGAAGAACUCAGUGAUAACAUUCAGCAAUAUCUGAUGACCAAUAAUGUCCUAGAGGCAGCUUCUACUCUGGUCUCUAUGGCAGAACUUGACAUCAAGCUUCAGGAAUCAUCCUGUACUCAUCUUCUUGGUUUCAUGAGAGCCACUGUUAAAUUCUGGCAUAAAAUUCUCAAGGACAAGCUUACAAGUGACUUUGAGGAAAUUUUAGCACAGCUUCAUUGGCCAUUCAUCGCACCCCCUCAGUCUCAAACUGUUGGCAUAAGUCGACCAGCCAGUGCCCCCGAGAUAUACAGUAACUUGGAGACACUAUUUUGUCAGCUCCUGAAACUACAAACCUCAGAUGAAUUACUUACUGAGCCAAAACAACUUCCAGAAAAAUACUCUCUUCCGGCAUCCCCUUCUGUCAUCCUGCCCAUCCAGAUUAUGCUGACUCCCCUUCAAAAGAGGUUCAGGUAUCACUUCAGAGGGAACCGACAAACUAAUGUUAUAAGCAAGCCUGAAUGGUACUUGGCUCAGGUACUUAUGUGGAUUGGGAACCACACUCAGUUUCUGGAUGAGAAGAUUCAGCCAAUAUUAGACAAAGUAGGCUCUUCAGUAAAUGCAAGGCUUGAAUUUUCUCGGGGCCUUAUGAUGCUGGUUCUUGAAAAGUUAGCUGCUGAUAUUCCUUGUCUGCUCUAUGAUGACAGUCUCUUCUGUCAUUUGGUGGAUGAGGUGCUUUUGUUUGAAAGAGAACUACACAGCGUUCAUGGCUAUCCCAGCACUUUUGCUAAUUGUAUGCAUAUUCUGUCAGAAGAGACCUGUUUUCAGAGAUGGUUGACUGUGGAGAGAAAAUUUGCUCUUCAAAAAAUGGACUCAAUGCUCUCGUCAGAAGCUGCCUGGAUAUCCCAAUAUAAGGAUAUCACUGAUGUGGAUGAGAUGAAAGUUCCAGACUGUGCAGAAACGUUUAUGACACUACUCUUGGUUAUAACUGACAGAUAUAAAAAUCUUCCCGCAGCUUCCAGAAAGCUGCAGUUCCUGGAGUUACAGAAGGACUUAGUAGAUGAUUUUAGGAUACGAUUAACUCAGGUGAUGAAAGAAGAGACUAGAGCUUCCCUUGGCUUUCGAUACUGUGCAAUUCUUAAUGCCGUGAACUAUAUCUCAACAGUACUAGCAGAUUGGGCUGACAAUGUUUUCUUUCUACAACUUCAACAGGCAGCAUUGGAAGUCUUUGCAGAGAAUAACACUCUCAGUAAAUUGCAGCUGGGACAACUGGCCUCUAUGGAGAGCUCUGUCUUUGAUGACAUGAUUAACCUGUUAGAGCGUUUAAAGCAUGACAUGCUGACCCGGCAAGUAGACCAUGUUUUUAGAGAAGUUAAAGAUGCUGCAAAAUUGUAUAAAAAAGAAAGGUGGCUGUCCUUGCCAUCGCAGUCAGAGCAGGCAGUGAUGUCCCUGUCCAGUUCGGCUUGCCCCUUGCUGCUUACUUUACGAGACCGUUUACUUCAGCUGGAGCAGCAGCUGUGCUUCUCCUUGUUUAAAAUCUUCUGGCAAAUGCUUGUAGAGAAGCUGGACAUAUACAUAGUGUUAUUAAAAUGUUGACCAUAUUUCCUGAGUCCUCUUGUUCCUAAGAAAACAAAAACAAAAAGCUCAGAAGCCAUGAAAACUCAGAGUAAUUCCAUUUACAAAUAUAAAUGAUGAAUAUGUCCAUUGAAUAAAAUACAAGAGCAGAUAAUAAAUUAUAAUCAACUUUUAAUUUUCUUUGCCAAUUCAGGGAGACUGUUGUAGAUAAUCUAACAUAACCAAUAAACUUUUACAAUCACUUUAAAAUGUAUGUUUAACUCUAUGACAUAAAUCACAGCAAGAUCCUUUUUGACCCACCUCCUAGAGAAAGGGAAAUAAAAACAAAAAUAAACAAAUGGGACCUAAUGAAACUUAAAAGAUUUUGCACAGCCAAGGAAACCAUAAACAAGAUGAAAAGACAACCCUCAGAAUGGGAGAAAAUAUUUGCAAAUGAAGCAACUGACAAAGAAUUAAUCUUCAAAGUAUACAAGCAGCUCAUGCAGCUCAAUAUCAAAAAAACAAACAACCCAAUCCAAAUAUGGGCAGAAGACCUAAACAGACAUUUCUCCAAAGAAGAUAUACAGAUUGCCAACAAACACAUGAAAGGAUGCUCAACAUCACUAAUCAUUACAGAAAUGCAAAUCAAAACUACAAUGAGGUAUCACCUCACACCAGUCAGAAUGGCCAUCAUCAAAAAAUCUACAAACAAUAAAUGCUGGAGAGGGUGUGGUGAAAAGGGAACCCUCUUGCACUGUUGGUGGGAAUGUAAAUUGAUACAGCCACUAUGGAGAACAGUAUGGAGGUUCCUUGAAAAACUAAAAAUAGAACUACCGUACGACCCAGCAAUCCCACUACUGGGCAUAUACCCUGAGAAAACCAUAAUUCAAAAAGAGUCAUGUACCACAAUGUUCAUUGCAACUCUAUUUACAAUAGCCAGGAUAUGGAAGCAACCUAAGUGUCCAUCGAUAGAUGAAUGGACAAAGAAGAUGUGGCACAUAUAUACAAUGGAAUAUUACUCAGCCAUAAAAAGAAACAAAAUUGAGUUAUUUGUAGUCAGGUGGACGGACCUAGAGUCUGUCACACAGAGUGAAGUAAGUCAGAAAGAGAAAAACAAAUACCAUAUGCUAACACACAUAUAUGGAAUCUAAAAAAAAAAAAAAAGGUUCUGAAGAACCUAGGGACAGGACAGGAAUAAAGACGCAGACGUAGAGAAUGGACUUGAGGACACGGGGAGGGAGAAGGGUAAGCUGGGACGAAGUGAGAGAGUGGCAUGGACAUAUAUACACGACCAAAUGUAAAAUAGAUAGCUAGUGGGAAGCAGCUGCAUAGCACAGGGAGAUCAGCUCGGGGCUUUGUG